AUGAAGUUCUCCAUCUUCGCUACUCUCGCCUUCCUCGGCAUUGCUCUUGCCUCUCCCGCCGCUAACACCGCUACUUCUACUCUUCCCUCCGGCGCCACCUGCAACAAGGACGGAAGCAUGGGCAACUGUGCCAGUGGACUUUGCAUUGUGGAUGUACAUAUUACUGUAAUAUUGGGGAGUAUUGAAUUGAAUAAAGACUCUUGA